AUGGUGACAUACCCGUACGACGAUCCGACUAUCGAUCAACCCCAGAGAGACUAUCUGAAGAAGCUGGCCGACUUCGCUGAAGAUCAAAACCUGUCCGAGGAUCUCCGUCCAUAUGUCCGAGGCAUCACGAUCGCUUUUACUGUCUUUGCUGCGUUUGUGGUUGGGUUGAGGUUCACGGCCCGUCACCUGCAGGAACAACUGCAGUUUCUCGACAAGACCAUGAUCGGUGCCGAGAUUUUGUACGUCAACGGAGUCAACGUCUACAAGAUAGCACUGCUGUUGCUAUACCUACGCAUCUUUCCAAUGCGAGAAGUCCGCAAGGGAGCAUGGAUAUGCGGCAGCCUGACAUCGCUCUGGACGCUCGCUUGCGUCGUUGCCGCCUCGAUUCAGUGUCUUCCCCUGAAUACGCUAUGGGAACCGUGGAAGCCCGGUACUUGCAUCAACCUGUUCUUGACGCAACUUGCCAUCGCUGUUCCGAGCAUCAUUGUCGACAUUGCGAUUCUCUAUCUUCCGAUACCCCACGUCUUGAAGCUACAGAUGAAUAGGGCUCAACGGAUCUUGGUCCUCUUCACUUUCCUGCUUGGAAGCUAUGUCGUCUUCUGUAGUGUCUACCGCUUCAGGAUUUUCUUGCUAUACACGAAGAACGAUGUACCUUACUCAUUAGCUCAAGGCCUGGCUUGGAACAUCAUUGAAAUCAGCAGUGGUAUCGUGUCUGCAUGCUUACCGACUCUUGGCCCAAUCGUCCGUGUACUAUGGAAGGGUCUCCUCGAAUCCGCUCAACGAAGUGGUCUGGAUAAGUACGCCCAGUCGUCCUCCAACAAGAAGUCGACGGGAAGGUCAGCAGGCAUGACCAUCGGCGGCGGACGAUCCGGAAACGCCUCUCAUGCGAGAGACGGCUCGAAAGACUGGUCCAAGCUUCCCGAAGCCAACGCCAAACCGAGCUUCCGAGAAGAGUCCAAGUAUGGCAUCGGCCUCCGGACAAUGGGUGGAGGCGACGACGACCGUAGCUCCCGUAGCUCAAACGACGUCGAGCUGAUGCCCCAGAGUACGGUCAGCGUAACCGUGCGGAGCCCAGCCCGGGACAAUUUCCCCGAACACGAAGCGGGUAUGAGUGCGAGAGAGCACUACCACGGGAAGAAGAUCUCAAAAGACAGCAAUUCAGGGUAUCCUCACUCAGAUAACAGGAUAUGGCAGCAUCGCGAGGUUGAGAUAACGACGGAGCCGGUGGAACCGGAGUCUGUCUUGCCGGACUUUAACAGGAAAAGGAAGUCGGGGAUGUGA